GAGAGAGAGAGCGUCAGCGCAAUAAAUGAAAGCAUACUGUCAGUGCUAACGCAUUUAUCUGCAUGGCUGCCACAGAUGUAAACAUAUAUCCUAGUGAGGAGAUGAGGACUCUUUCUCUCAGCGGUCAUGUCGGUUUUGACAGUCUUCCUGAUCAGCUGGUCAGCAAAUCAGUGAGCCAAGGGUUCAGCUUCAACAUUCUCUGUGUAGGGGAAACCGGCAUAGGCAAAUCUACAUUAAUGAACACACUAUUCAACACAACGUUUGAGAAUGAAGAGGCCAGCCACUUUCAAAACGGGGUGCAUUUACGCCCCAGAACGUACAGCCUGCAAGAAAGCAACGUGGAUUUACAACUAACCAUUGUAGACACCGUGGGAUUCGGCGACCAGGUUAAUAAGGAAGAGAGUUAUAAACCUAUUGUGGACUACAUUGAUGCCCAGUUUGAAAACUUCCUUGAGGAAGAGCUUAAAAUUAAACGUUCCCUUUACGACUAUCACGAUUCACGCAUCCACAUCUGCCUCUAUUUUAUUGCUCCCACCGGUCACUCGCUGAAAUCUCUGGACUUAGUCACUAUGAAGAAACUGGACAGCAAGGUCAACAUUAUUCCCAUCAUUGCGAAGGCAGACACUAUAUCCAAAAGUGAGCUUCAAAAAUUUAAGAUCAAGAUCAUGAGUGAACUGGUCAGCAAUGGCGUUCAGAUCUACCAGUUCCCAACAGAUGAUGAAGCUGUGGCUGAAAUAAACUCUUCUAUGAAUGCACAUCUCCCUUUCGCUGUGAUUGGAAGCAGCGAAGAGGUUAAAAUUGGGAACAAAAUGGUGCGAGCCAGACAGUACCCAUGGGGAGUGGUACAGGUGGAGAACGAGAGUCACUGUGACUUUGUAAAGCUGAGAGAGAUGCUAAUUCGUGUCAACAUGUUGGACCUGAGGGAACAGACCCACGCCAGACACUAUGAGCUGUACCGCCGCUGCAAACUGGAGGAGAUGGGCUUCAAAGACACCGACCCUGACAGCGAACCCUUCAGUCUGCAGGAAACAUAUGUGGCCAAGAGGAGAGAAUUUAUUGGUGAGUUACAACUCAAGGAGGAACAGAUGAGACAGAUGUUUGUCAACAAGGUGAAGGAGACAGAAGCAGAAUUAAAAGAGAAGGAGAGAGAGCUGCAUGAGAGAUUUGAGAUGCUGAAACGUACACAUCAGGAGGAGAAGAGGAACCUGGAGGAGAAGCGUAGAGAUUUAGAGGAGGAGAUGAACACCUUCAACAGGAGGAAAGUGGCUGCUGAAACCCUACAGUCUCUUCAAGGCAAAAAAGACAAAGAGAAGAAAACUUAAUUUGGGACCCAAGGAAGCAUCAGCAUUAGUAACUACUCAGCAAUUUUACGCUUGUCACACUUUCAGGUGAUGAUUAUAUGCAAAACCAUCUCCUGCCUACCACACAAUUCAGCUUGUAAUGCAGUACAUAUCAGACGUGACACUGGACUGUGAUGAUCCACUGACGUGUACUUGAUUCUCCUGGAUUUACAUUUUUAUUAAAGGGAUAGUUCACCCAAAAAUUAAAAUUACCACGAUUUACUCACCCUCAAGCCAUUCUAGGUGUAUAUGACUUUCUUCUUUCAAACCAAUACAAUCAGAGUUAUAUUAAAAAAUGUCCUGGUCUUCCAAGCUUUAUAAAGGCAGUGAAUGGGUGUUAUGAUUUUGAAGCAAAAUAAAGUGUGCCCAUCCAUCAUAAAUGUACUACACACGACUCUGGGGGGUUAAUAAAGGCCUUCUGAAGCAAAUUAAUGUGUUUGUGUAAGCAAAAUAUACGUAUUUAAAACUCUAUAAACCGUAAUCUCUAGUUUCCGGUUUUCCUUCAGAGUGGCGUUCCAGCGGAUGACGUAGGAUGUAGGCGAACAUUGUGAUGAACGUGAAAGUGCAGAGGAGAAAGCAAAACAAACAUUGGUCAACAAUUCAAAGUACAAAAAGAUUUGUAAAGAAAAAUUAGGAGGAUUUCAGUAUAAGCCAAGCCUUUGCUGUAAACAAAACUUGGUUCUUGGGAGAGUAGCAUAUUCUUUUUUUUUUUUUUAAGAUUUAUUUUUGGUCUUUUUUAUGCCUUUAUUUGGACAGGACAGUGUAGAUAAGACAGGAAAGCAUUGGGUGAAGAGAGAGGGCAAAGGACCGCGAGCCGGGAUUCGAACUCGGGUCACCGUACUAACCGCAAGGCUAUUGGCGCCGACGUGAGAGUAGCAUAUUCUCACCGGAGCUCACGCUACGCCUACGUCCUCUGUCAUCCUCUGGAACGCCACUCUCUUGUGAACGUGCGUAUUACAGUUAACAAAAGCUAACUUCAAUGCAUUUGUGUAAGAAAAAUACCCAUAUUUAAAACUUUAUAUACUGUAAUAUCCACAGUUUACAAAGUUUUAAAUAUGGGUAUUUUUCUUACACAAAUGCGUUAAAUUGAUAAGGAAGGCUUUUAUUAAUCCUUCAGAGUGGUGUGGAGUACUUUUUAUCAUGGAUGGAUGGAUGCACUCUAUUGGACUUCAAAAUCUCAACACCCAUUCACUGCCAUUAUAAAGCUUGGAAGAGCCAGGACAUUUUUUUAAUAUAACUCUGACUGUAUUCGUCUGAAAGACGAAAGUCAUAUACACCUUGGAUGGCUUGAGGGUGAGUAAAUCAUGGUGUAAUUUUCAUUUUCAGGCGAACUAUUCCUUUAAAUCCUGUCAGAAUUUAUUCACCCUCAUGUUGUUCCAAACUCGCAUUACCUUCUUUGUUUUGGGGAACAUAAGAUAAGACUGUCCCAAAAUAAAGGUUUAAAAUGACAUGUGGGUGAAUAAAUUAUGACAGCAUUUUCAUCUUUGGGUGAAUUGUCUCUUUAAGUAAACAUGAAGUUCUGUUUAAUGUUGUAUUGGUUUGAUUAAAACUAGUUAAUUUUGUCAUUAUCUUGUAUUAAUACAGAACUUGACUGUGAUAACUGGACUGUUAACAUAUAAUUUAGAUUUUUGGACAUGAAUAUAUAUUUCUUCUAAACAGUUUUACCAGACUGAAAAGUACUGUACAAAAUGAAUUGUUUUAUAUUAACCAGAAUAAUUAUAUUUGUAAAUGUUAAAUACCUCUGCUACACAAAUACAACUGUACAUUUUUCAGUUUAAAAUAAAAAAUACUUUUCCAGUUUA